AUGUGUGAUUGUUUUUGACGCAAGUAUGGCGGUGUAGUGUGCAUCUAUAAACAAUGUCAAUAUUGAUAUAAACAAAGUAUCUGCGAGACAACAAAGGUUUUCCUUACUUCUCCAUCGAAAUGCAUUUAUAAAAUUUAAUAUUUUUGUUUUCCAAAUUACGUUUUAAACAUCAAAAUUGGCACGCCGAAAAAACGACAUUGUUGAAAGAAGAACAGAAAGAAAAACGAAAAGUAAUUCAUUCAUUUGAUUUUUAUUGAUAUUAUUCAAAUGUUAAGGAGAAAGAAUAAAUCACUUUAUUGAUAAAUGAAGAAAAUAAAAACCAGAGAACGGCCCAAACAAACAAAAAUGUGAGGUUUAUUGUGUGAAUUUUUUUUGUAAAUUCGAUGAGAUUUAGUUUAUAUGUUAACGAUUGGGACGAGCGGCAAUGUAAAUCCACAUAAAGGCUUGAAGCGGAUGUGUGAGAAUUUUAUUUUAUUGAGUGAAUUCGUCCUAAGAAAAUGUUACUUUUUCAAUUAAGCCCAUUUUACCAAGAUGGUUCGGUUUUCUGUUACAUAGCCUAUUUAACGAUAAUUUUAUGUGGUGGAAUUGAUGUUGCUGCCUCAACAGCCACAAAAUCCAACGAUAGUUCGUCAUCAUCAUCCGAUAAUCAGACAACGUCUUUUCAAUCGUUUAAACCGGUGGCCACAUCGCUUACCUCAUUUUCAUCAGUUUCAUUACAAACCAGUACAAAUUCUUUUAUACAAAAGUAUGCCAUAUCGGAUCUAACACGUGAUUUUAAUAUACAAUUGAAAUCGAUUGAAGAUCAUGAAUUGCUCGUUUCCGUCAUACAAAGUGCGUUUGAUUCAUUGGAUCGGUUGCCAUCGUCAAUUGAUCACAAUGAUACAAAGUUGCUCAAUUCAAUUGCCACAAAAAUCGAAACGAAACUUUCAACCGCACUACGUAUUCUGAACGAAACCAAUCAGAAAUUUGUAAACAUUUUAACGGAGAAUGGGCAAUCACGAAAAUUACUACUUGAUUCCAUCAUUUUGCCAUGUGCAUCGUCCACAAAACAACAUUCCGAACGAAGCACAUAUGAUUUGAAUGGCGAUGAUUCGGAUCAAAAUGAAUUUAUUGGUGGAAUAAACAAGAAGAAAGCGAUUGAAGUAUUAAAUUUUUUAAAAAAUGCCGGCCAUUUACAUGAAAACGAUGACCGAAAUUUUACAAUUAACAAAAGACUGAUGGAAACACUCAAAAAUAUCGACUUAUCAACAUCGGCGAAUGUGCCAAAUUUUCGUGAUGUAUUUUUUUUACCUAGAGAUAACCAAAUAAGCAGCACCAAUUGUCGUAAUACCGUUCCAAAUGAACAUCACAGGUUUCUGUAUGCUUCGUCUGUUACAUCGAAAAAGAUCGUUUUGAUAGUGGACUUUGGCGCCACAACAGCAACAAAUUCAGAUUCAUUUGACGUCAUCAAAUCGUUUGCACAAAUUAUUCUAAAUUUACUGAGUGAAAAUGAUGAUCUAUUUGUAAUGGCAAUUUCAAAUAGUGUUCAUAUAAGCGCAAACAAAUUUCUUCCGAUGAAUCCGAACAAUAAGAGUCAAUUGAGAAAAUUUAUCGAAUCAUUGGAAAAGGAGACAAAUGCAACGAAUCAUUCGCUUGCUUUUGAAUAUGCAUUUAAAUGGAUUAAAUCACAAUCGGACUUUGGUGCCAUAUCAUUCGAUGGAAAAUCGACACCUUUACAAAUUUUGUACGUUAGUCGAGGCUCAAUCGUACAAUUGUCCGAAACAAAAACUGUACUUGAAGUCAUAGCUAGUGGACAAAAGCGAUUGAAACAGCCAAUUGUUAUAAAUACGUGUGCAAUAAUUUUGGACGAAAAACGAAGUAUACACGGAAAAGAAUUCUUAAGCGAUAUUGCGACACAAAAUUACACAAAAUAUAACAUUGAUGUGAACAACAGUAACAAAACAAAAUCGUGGUAUCAUCAACUUCACGAUUAUAAUCAAAAUGGGAGAAUGUUUGUCGUGAAUCAUCGUAAUAUAAAUGAUAUGUUUGCUACUGCGGCUGUCGCUGUAACCGACAUAUGGUUUAAACAACAAUUUCUCAAAUCACAUACAGUCGUUCAUCAGCCAUUUUAUGAUCAAAUUGUUAAAGAUCAAAUAAUUUACAUAACAAAAACGUGUCAAAAUUAUGGCAUUGUUGGUAUUUCAAUUUAUCUAUCGGAUUUGGCAGAAGAUUUGAUUUAUCACUUUAAUCAAUAUUUUAAUAGUGAUGAGACUUAUGCAUUUCUCUGUGAUAAAAAUGGUAUGACAAUAUGGCAUCCAUCAUUUCCACGUUCGAAUAUCGUUAGUUAUGAGCCCACAUAUGCAACUGAUAUCAAAUAUUUUGAAAAGACAUCCGAAAAUAUUCGAAAACGAUGGCUAACCGAAGAUGUGGGCAUUGUACAAGUUUCCGAUUCCAAGACAAACAAAUCGAAAGUAUAUCGAUGGCGACGCUUGUCAGAAUGGUACAUCAUCUGUUUGGUACAUGUGCUUCCAUAUACUGAACAAACUUCUGUUGAAGAGAAACACAUGUUGAUCGCUCAUUCAUACAAGACUCCGAUUGUUUUGUCAUCGACAAAUCGUGCAAAUUUAGAAGCGUUCAAUAACAUUUCGGUUGAUAGUUAUACCGAUGCAGAGAAUCAAGUUGUGUUCCAUCGUUUGGACUUGGCAAUUUCAAUAAAAUUGAACGAUCAACAGCAACAGGACGAUACACCAAAAUUAUGCCAGUAUUUUAAGCAAAUUUCAGUAUUUAACACAGCCACAUUGUAUUUAAGUCCGCGUACAUUCAAAUCACCAUUUCAACAUCUGUCGACCAUGUGUGCAAAUGAUAUUGAUGCAAAUGACGACAAACAACGACAUGAACAUUGCUACCAUCGCAUCGAGAAUAUAAUGGCUUACAUCAAAGAUACAACGAAUCUAUUGACAAAUCCGGGUCUUCAACCGCAUAUUCGUAGCGAUGUAUUGACCUUAUCGCAUGCAAUUGAAUUGCUUCGGAUGCAACAUCAAUAUCGAAGUAAAAUUGAAAAAUAUGUUGUACGGAGAUAUGUAACAUCAAUCAAUGGAAUUAUGUUGAUGUAUCCGGGAUUUCCAUUGCCAAACGAUUUCGAUCCAAGCCGACGUGUAUGGUUUCAAAAAGCAAUUGAAAAUGCAAAUAAAUUAACUAUAACGCCUCCAUACUUGGAUAUUGGUGGAGCCGGUUAUAUCGUUACCAUUUCACGUGUCAUUUUUGAAAAUCGAAAAUUAUCGGAAACAAAUUCAAAUAAUCAACGGCAACGCAAAGCAAUAGCAAUUGUCUCUAUUGAUGUGACGUUGGGCUUUCUUUAUCAAGUACUAUUGCAAUCAUCGGACUAUUGUCGCCGUGAUGAAAAUAUCAAAUGUUUUAUCAUUGAUGAAUUUGGCUAUUUGGUUGUUUAUCCGAAUAAUUUCGAUUCAAAAAUGCAAUUAUCCUCAUUCGAUUCACAGUUUAAUUUAAACGAACAUAUCACGCAUCGGGAAUCCUUAAUUGCCAAUGAUAUUUUAUUACAUAAAUCAUUGGUGCAGAAACGAAUGUGCCAAAAUUUACUGAAUCGAAAAGUUGAACGAUACUAUAAAUUCAAUACGUCCGUCGUUGGUCCUCUGACGAAUUUCGUUAAUGGAGAACGAACCAAGUAUCAAAUUGAAGCAAUUCCAAAUACAAAUUUAUUCGUAAUCAUGAAAAAUUCAAGCGAAGGUGGUGGGGGUGCUGCAUUUUGCCCAUGUAGUACGAUUGAUAAGGUUUGCUUUAAUUGCAAACGUAUCGAGCUUAUGAAUUGUGAAUGCCCGUGUGAAUGUUCAAUAGACAAUCUUUCCACCGGUUCCAUUGUGACCGAGUACAUGUACGGCGAUUUACUUGAAGACGAGAAAAACACAUUCGACAAGAAAAUCAACCUUUUUGACAGCAUUGAAAUAUGUUCACGUCCAAUCGAAGAGUUUAUUCCGAACAAGAAAAUUUCGCGUACCAAUCAAUUGAGUGCAUUGGGCCAAUGUGCAAAUUUCACUUGUGAAAUAUAUUCAAAUCAAUUGGAUUGUUUGGGCAUUUUGGGUUGUGUAUGGUGUGAAAUUGAUAUUGAUCAAACGAUUUUAUUGUCACCAUUUUGUACGCAACAAUCGAGUUGUUUUGGUGGUAUUCUGGGCUCUAAUACACCGUACGGCGACGGUGAUAUUGGCUCAAUAAUUGAUUCAAUUCGUUUCGAUUCGGCAUAUGCGGCCAUCGGUCCAAUCGUUAUCGGUGCUGUUGUUGUUCUAUUUAUAGUUAUCGGCUUUGCAAUGUAUUGCUAUCGAAAUAAUUUAGAACCUGGCUCUGAACAUUUAUAUGUAGAAUCGAUGGCAGUUGAACAUAAUUUCGGUUUGCCAUUAUCACGCCUGGAUUAUGAUACAAUAUUACCACAUAAUGGACUUGGAAACGAUGUAGUUGAUAAGCGAACAAAUGCCGUAUCAUCUGAUUCACCAUAUCGAAGUGCCGGUUACUUUAGACGACUUCCAAAUGGUGAAUCUGAUCAUGGUUAUUCAACAAUGACACCGCACGAUGAUUCUGAUCAUGCGUGCUUUACAUUGGUUGAACCAUUAAUCAAUAACAAAUGCAGCAAUCAAUCCAUAUCCGAUUCGGCAUCGUUUAAUACAGAACCGGCUAGCAGCUCAUGUAUUAUUUAUGGACAAAGUUGCGGUAGCAAAACUGAUGGACUUGCAUCGCCGAUAAAAAGUUAUUUCGAACAUAAAUCGGAAAUAUCAUCGCCACAUCGUCAUAUACAAGCACCAGUUACCGUUCAUCAUCCCAUGGAAUGAAGCAUGGAAGCCAUCCUUUAAUUAUUAUUCAUAUAAGUGGAACGGAAAUUGAAAAAAAAAAAA